UUAGUACAGUAUCUGCCUGACUAUCGAGAUGUGGACAUUACGUUUGCUGACCGUGCUGCUCUUGGCUGCCUGCGUCUUGGGCGGCGCUGUGCCCGGCAAACCGCCAGUGGAUGAGGAGGAGCACAUGCAUCCCGAUCUGCAGCGCAAUACGCGCACACGAGCUCGCAUAAUUGAAGGCGAGGACACACAGGACUAUUGGCUGUCGGCGAGCAAGGCGCAUAUUCUGGAGAAGCUAAGCUAUGUGCGCAACGAGAAGCGUGCUAAGAACAUCAUUCUCUUCUUGGGCGACGGCAUGGGCUUGGCUACGCUGGCUGCUGCACGAAGCUACAUUGGCGGUGAGGAGCAGAAACUGUCCUUCGAGGAAUUCCCCUACACGGGUCUCUCCAAGACUUAUUGUGUGGACAAAAUUGUGCCCGACUCGGCUUCGACUUCAACGUCUUAUUUGUGCGGUGUGAAGGCCAACUACGGUACCAUUGGCGUCAAUGCGCAUGUGAAACGUGGCGAUUGCCAGGCUAUGGCUGAUACCAACAACCAUGUCUUCUCUGUCGGCAAAUGGGCAAUGGAUGCGGGCAAAGCGGCUGGUCUAGUGACAACCACUCGAGUAACCCAUGCCUCGCCAGCGGGAGUUUAUGCUCACACCGCCGAUCGUGAGUGGGAAAACAAUGCUGUGCUGGAGGAAGCUUGUGGCGAUUUGGCCGAAGGACUGGAUGACAUUGCGGUGCAGUUGAUUCAUGGCGAGGUUGGCGGCAAACUGAAGGUGAUACUUGGCGGCGGAAAACGCAGCUUCUACGAUCCAGAGUUCUAUGAGAAGGGACGUCGCACUGAUGGACGCAAUUUGGUUGCCGAAUUCGAAGCUCUGGCCGAGGGCAACACUUUCGUGAAGACCCAAAAGAAGCUGCUCAAAGUGAAUGUGACUGAAACUGAUCGUCUGUUGGGUUUGUUCAGCAAGAGUCAUAUGCACUACCAUGUGGAACAACUUGCUGAUCCCGAGAACAACGAACCCACGCUGGAGGAGAUGACAGAGAAGGCCAUCGAAAUGCUACAGAAGGAGGAGAACGGCUACUUUUUGUUUGUGGAGGGCGGCAAGAUUGAUAUCAGUCAUCACGAUACCAUGGCACGCAUUGCUCUCGACGAGACUGCGGAAUUCUCCAAGGCCAUUAAGCGUGCACGCGAACUAACUAACCUCGAAGACACACUCAUCGUGGUCACCUCGGAUCACUCGCAUACGUUCAGUGUAGGCGGCUAUCAGGCACGUGGCAGCGACAUCUUUGGCGAGGCCGAAUCCCUGGGCACCGAUGGCAAACCCUACUUGACGCUUAGCUAUGCGAACGGCAAGAGUUUCGAUCAGUACUACGAUACGGAAGCCCAUGAGCGUAUAGAUCCCACUUCGCUGUUGUCCGAGGACACUGCUCAACUGUUUCCGGCCACAGCUCCCUUGGAGUCGGAGACUCAUGGUGGCGAGGAUGUCGGCGUGUUUGCCUCUGGACCUUGGGCUCAUCUAUUUACUGGAGUCUAUGAGCAGAAUACCAUUCCUCAUAUGCUGGCUUUUGCUGCGUGUGUUGGCGAUGGCAAAACUGCCUGUGAUUAAAGCACUGAUUGAUUGAUUGUUUAGUUCUAAUUAAACUUCGCACUCUUUGGUGACGAUUGCCAAAAC